UCUAACCUAAAACUUAUCUAGCAUUUAUUAUAGCCAAAAAGAAAAGCGAAAACCCUGUAAGAAAUAAAAUAUAUUAUAAAUUACAAAAUGACUGACUUAUCGGACUUUUCAGCCGGAAAAGAUUCGGAACUACAAGACUUUUUGUUAGUAGAAAAGCAGAAAGCUCAAUUCCAUGCUCAGAUUCAUGAAUUUAAUGACUUCUGUUGGGACAAGUGUGUCGACAAGCCUGGUUCAAAGUUGGAUUCAAGAACAGAAACAUGCCUCACUAAUUGUGUCGAGAGAUUUAUCGAUGUGUCUCUACUCAUCACAAAUAGAUUUGCACAGAUGCUAGAGAAGGGUGGUGGCAUGCAUUGAAACUCAAAAACUUGAUUCUAUGUUGUGUAUAAUAUAGCUUUAUGAAUGUUGGUUAACUUGUAGUUUAGUGAAUUGGUUAUUACACAGAACAAUUUGAGUAAGUUUUUUUCCAAUUAACAUUUUGUUGUUAAUGUAUAAAAAUGUUUUGAAAUAAAACAAAAAAUGUUAAAGCAAUUAAUAUAUUGCUCCCAUUGCUGAAAUAAAUAAAAAUCCUAGUUUAAGGAUAUAUCCUUAUCGUAAUGCAUUUUUUCUUUAAUAUUGUUAAGACUAGAAAGAAAUAAACCUUAAAUACA